AUGGAUCCAGAUUCUGACUCGGCUCCUCCGAAACAUCUUUUUGCGUAUACUUGCUUGACACUGUCACUUUUGCAGCUUUCGUGGGUCAAUCUCUCCAGAAACCUAAUAUUAGCAUACCAGAGCUUGGGGGUGGUGUAUGGAGACUUUAGCACGUCACCUCUUUACGUGUACUCGAGCACUUUCAUUGGGAAGUUGCAGAAUCAUCAGAAUGAAGACGCUAUACUUGGAGCAUUAUCCUUGAUCUUUUGGACCCUUACAUUGAUACCCCUUUGUAAAUAUGUGUUCAUCUUGCUGUAUGUUGAUGAUAAUGGUGAAGGUGGCACUUUUGCUCUUUACUCUCUGCUUUGUAGGCACGCAAAGUUUAGCUUGCUACCCAAUCAACAUGCAGCCGAUGAAGAGAUCUCGGCCUAUAAAUACGGGCCCUCGACGCAGUCGAAUGCCUCCUUCUUAAAGCGGUUUCUAGAGAAGAAUAAAACGGCGAGGAUGGGACUUCUUAUCGUGGUACUCUUUGCUGCUUCUAUGGUCAUUGGUGAUGGUGUGCUCACUGCAGCAAUGUCAGUUCUAUCAUCGAUGCCGGGGCUACUAAACUCCGGACAGAAACUAUCUAAAGGAGUACUCCUCUUUCUUGAUUGUGCCAUAUUGGUGAGCCUAUUCGCUCUGCAGCAUAUUGGCACGCACAGGGUAUCGUUUAUGUUUGCACCAAUUGUACUAUUGUGGCUGAUAUUAAUCUUUUGUGUUGGAUUGUACAACAUAAUACAUUGGAAUCCACAUAUUCUUAAAGCAAUUUCUCCGUUUUAUAUUAUCAAGUUCUUUAAAGAGACUGGUAAAGAUGGCUGUAUUUCCCUUGGAGGGAUCCUUCUAUCGAUAACCGGUACCGAAUAUAUGUAUGCAGACCUUGGUCAUUUCACUGCCAUAUCAAUUAGGAUUGCAUUUGUAUUUGCAAUAUACCCCUCUUUGGUUGUACAAUACAUGGGUCAGGCUGCGUUCUUGUCGAGACACCUCGAUGCGAUUCCCAACUGUUUCUUCAGAUCUGUUCCGGAUUCCGUUUAUUGGCCUAUCUAUGUAGUUUCCACCCUUGCAGCUGUUGUUGGAAGCCAGUCUAUCAUAACUGCCACUUUCUCUGUAAUCAAACAAUGCCAUGCCCUCGGCUGCUUUCCUCGAGUCAAAAUCGUUCACACCUCGAAGCACAUAUAUGGCCAGAUCUACAUCCCGGAAAUCAACUGGAUACUCUUGGUCCUUGCUCUUUUGAUCACUAUUGGAUUUCACGAUACAACUUCAAUCGGAAAUGCUUAUGGACUCACAACCGUUACGUUGAUGUUCAUCACAACAUUUCUUAUGUCGCUUGUGAUAGCCUUUGUUUGGCAUAAAAGCAUUUGGCUUGCUGGAAUGUUCUUUCUGUUCUUCGGGUUUAUCGAAGGGGUCUACUUGUCGGCUGCGCUGAUGAAAGUGCAACAAGGAGGAUGGGUGCCCCUGGUGCUGUCGUUCAUCUUCAUGAUGGUCAUGUACAUUUGGCAUUACGGGACGGGCAAGAAGUAUGACUUCGACAUGCACAACAAAGUAUCGUUGAAAUGGUUGCUCGGCUUAGGUCCUAGCCUCGGCAUUGCCCGUGUGCCCGGUGUAGGCCUCAUAUACUCCGAAUUGGUAACAGGAGUCCCUGCAAUCUUCUCCCAUUUCGUCACAAACCUACCUGCAUUCCAUAAGGUGUUGGUUUUUGUUUGUGUCAAAUCAGUUCCAGUCCCAUUUGUACCAUCACACGAACGCUUCAUCAUCGGCCGGGUUUGCCCGAGGCCAUAUCGAAUGUAUCGGUGUAUCCUUAGGUACGGGUACAAAGAUAUCCAACGAGACAACGGUGAUUUUGAGAACCAGCUCAUACAAAGAAUAGCAGAGUUCAUCAAGCUGGAAGCUGAAGACCCGCACUACCAUGAUGGGAGGAUGGUUGUUACGAGUUCCACCAGCAUCCGGAGUAUAAUCAUCACCGAGGAAGACGAUAUCAUUGAUAGUAGCACCAUCCAAAGCAGUGAAUCCUCAAUCCUACAUAGCUUGGAGUCCGUGUAUGACGAAGAGAAUCUUCCGUUUAGGCAGCGACAAUUGAGAUUUCAAGUACCGGCAAAGCAGAAAAUGGACCCUGCUGUCCGAGAAGAGCUGAUGGACUUGAUCGAGGCACAGGAAGCAGGGUUUGCAUAUAUAAUGGGGCACUCCUGUGUAAAGGCCAGGCGAAGUUCAUCGGUUUUAAAAAAGUUCGUGAUCGAUGUUGCGUAUGCGUUCCUCCGGACGAACUGCAGGGGGCCUGCGGUAGAACUGAACAUUCCUCACAUCAGUCUCGUUGAAGUUGGAAUGAUAUAUUAUGUGUAGUCCGCUAGUUAAUCAGUCA